GUCAGCUUCGUCGAUUGGAUUGGGGGAAAAGAAACCACCAAACGACGUCGUUAGCUCUAAACCCUGAACCUCCGCUUUCUGUAUUGUUGAAAUUUUCUCUUCUUCUCUCCAUUCAAUCAAUGAUGAUAUGUUUUUCGCAAUAGAUUUUGUAUAUGCAAAGAUAUAAUCAGUGGAUAAAUUCAAUUUUUGUAAUCGAGAAAAAAGGAUUAACCUAAAAUGACAUUGUUAUCACGAAUUGUCCGCUCCUGCUCGAGAAAUCAUUCGGGAGCAGCGUCUGCGCAGAUUUUCAGCCGGUUUGGUGCAUCGACGAGAUUUUCGUCGUCAAUCUACACAAGAUCUGCCCCAAUUAAUACACCUCCUCGUCCGUUUUCUGAACAGACAAUGGUGAGAUAUGGUUCAUCGAAGAGAUUCUACUCUUCAAGCUCAAGAUCCACGAGUAACCCUAAGCGUCAACUUCCAUUAUAUGAAUCGGACGUGACUCAUAAUAAGCCUUGGGGAUAUUUUCUAAUAAUUUAUCAUUGCAGCCUGGUUCCGUUCUUGCUGGAAUUGGUGGACUGGUUUUGUUCAUCCGCCAUAAUGAUGAAAAGAGAGUAGUGCUGAAAGGUGACCUCUUGUUUAUUUAUACAAAGAUCCGUUUCUUGUGUGUAUAUACAUCUAUAUAUA